UCCCAAAAAAUGAUUCCACGAGUCGUGUUCCUGCUGGGUGCCAUCUGGUCGGCCAAUUUCGCCGCCGGAUUCAGUUUGGACUUUACAUCCUUUACCUCGGAAACGGCGAUUGCUUCAUUUUUGGACACCAUUUCCACUUCCAUUGCCGAUGCUGUUGGGACUGUUCUACAGGAUGUUUUCGAUAAUCGAACCAUUGACCAGGAGGUUACAUUUUGGUGCGGCAAACGGGGCUACUCACAGCUCCAGCAAACUUUUGUCAACGAUAGUAACAUCAACAGUAAGCUGGAUUUGUCGAAACCCAUUGCCAUCAUCACGCAUGGUUGGCUGAGCGAGGUAAACGUCUCCUGGGUACAGGAAAUGGCUGGGAAUUACUCGCUGUACGUGGACAGUAAUGUUUGCGCCGUUGACUGGUCGAUGUAUGCGCGGUACGGUUAUGCAAUUGCAGCCAAACGGAACGUGCCGCUAACAGGAAACUAUUUGGGAGUGUUUAUGAAGUUCCUGCAAACAGCUGGUAUUUCUCCAUCGAAAAUGACCCUCAUCGGGCAUAGUUUGGGUGCACACGUGUCAUCUUUGGCGUGUAAGCAAUUCAAUGGACAGGUUAAGGAACUGUACGGAUUGGAUGCCGCUGGACCACUGUUCACCAUGCCGAUUGAUGUGGGAACACAGAAUCGGAUUGCAUCUACUGACGCUGCCUACGUACAGGUCAUUUACACUACACGAGACUUGCUGGGAAUCGGAUUCUCGGUAGGACAAGAAAACUUCUUCCCCAAUGGAGGCUACUUCCCGCAGCCAUCCUGUCUUGCACCGAUGUUGACCUAUGCCGAUACAAUACUUCCACUGGCCUGCAGUCAUUCGCAUGCUCAUCAGCUGUUCACACUUUCCCUGAAUCCCACCUUGUCGUACAAAGGGAAACAGUGUUCGUCAUAUGUUGCCUACGAGAUGGAUUUGUGCAUUUUCAACCCAACAGAUGUGCUUGGAAUUUAUGCAAAAAAGGACGGCUCGGCCGCAGACCUCCGAAGAGAUAUCAUCAAGCUUACACGACGGCGGCAACAUUUCGUCAUCGCUGGCGACCUGAAAGCCAAGCAUCAAGCCUGGGGCAAUAGUCGGCGAAAUCAGAACGGCACAAUAUUAUACAAGGAUCUGCAGCAAGCCCACUACAACAUUCUGUGUCCGGACACUCCCACCCGGUUGAGUCGAUCCGGAGCUCAUGCCACCAUCGACAUCUUCAUCAGCAACAUUGGCGAUAACAUCUCCUAA